AUGGCGAGUGUGUUCUUCCGUUGCCGUGGCCUCACAAAGAUUCCAGAACUCUAUGAGCCGGUCAUCGGCAGGAUGAAGCAAGUGAGGUCUAGCUGCACAGGAGCCUAUAAACAGCUUCCUAGACUGAAAAUUGAAAGUGAUGAAAAAGCUAGUGCUUUGGUAAACCAAUUGCGCCCAGCAGAAAGGUCUCUUCUUCUUAAAGCAUUGGAAGAAGUUUCUCAGGAAAAUGUUGUCGAGACUAAUAAAGAUUCGGUUCCACUGACGAAACAACAAAUUAGACAACUUUUCGCAGUAAACUUGGCUCCUUUCAUUGGUUUUGGUAUACUUGAUAACAUGAUUAUGAUCUUCACUGGGGAGUAUAUCGAGUUGACUUUAGGAGCAUGGCUUGCAAUCUCAACAAUGGCGGCUGCCGCUCUUGGUAAUAUAGUGUCUGACGUUGGUGGCAUAGGGCUUGCACAUUACGUUGAAUCCCUUGUUUCAAAAGCAGGCAUAAAGCAUCCUGUUCUUACUGCCGAACAGUUAGAGUCUUCGUGUGCAAGAACAGUUGGGAAUACAGCUCGUGCUCUUGGCCUGGUUAUCGGUUGUUUAAUUGGGAUGUUUCCUUUAUUGUUCUUUGACUGCAAUUAG